CGCUUCUCGUGACAGUAGGACAGAUGCUUCUCACAGGCAAAUACUGCCUUCGUUGCAGGAAGUGUAGCGAAGCAGCAGUACAGCGCAUGUUCUGAGAACUCUCUGCAAGCAAAUGAUGAAUUCUCUGCAGUAAAACGCAGUCCAGGGAGUGGUCAUGGCGAGUGCUGAGAUCACAGUGUCCUCAAGGAACAUAGUGAUGGUGAAGGAAGAGGAGGAGGAAGGGGAGCACUGUGAGAGCUGUGAGACUCAGGUCAUCCUCGAUCUGCAGCCCAUCAUACAGGGGGCAAAUGCGGACAACGCCGACACUGGCUCUACUGUCCUAGCCAUAGAGACACAUCGUGAAGACAAUCUUGCGGAGGGUGAGGAGGUUGAGUAUGGAUACCCCAUCACCUGUGGCGAAAGCAAAGCAGUCCUCCUGUUUAAGAAGUUUGUCUGUCCUGGCAUCAACGUCAGAUGUGUCAAGUUCAAUGACCAGCUGAUCAGCCCCAAGCAGUUUGUUCACAUGGCAGGGAAAGCCACGCUGAAGGACUGGAAGAGGGCCAUCCGACUGGGAGGGGUGAUGCUCAGGAAAAUGAUGGACUCGGGUCAGAUUGACUUCUACCAGCAUGACACAGUGUGCACCAACACCUGCCGCAGCACCAAGUUUGACGUGUUGAUCAACAGCACCCGCUUCCUUCCGGGCAGCGCCAUGCAGCCCCCCCCUUCCCCUCUGCCAAUAGAUGGAGGCCAUGCUGCAGUGUCAGAUGAGAGGCUAGAGGAGAAGGCCUACACUACAGUGGAGUGGAGCCCUGGGCCAGCUCCUCCCAUCACCAGCACAGCCAAUGGACAUGUCAAGAGGAAAAGGGGUGAUAUCAUCCCUGAUGGCAGUCUAAGCUUUUGGAGAGGCAUAGCAGACGUUGGCCUGAUGGGGGAGGUGUUAUCCAGUUUCCGCACAGAACUGGUGGCCAUGUUGAGAGGAGUGGAGGUCCGCAGUGAGAAGGCCAUUCUGCAAGAAGCCGACGCUGUUGUACUGAACUCCCUUUCUGAGAUGUUUGGACUGCUGGACUCAGUGAGGAGGGUUCUGGACCUGAGACGCAGUGAGAUUGAUGGCAACCAGCAGCAGGUCCACAAUGCUCUUAAUGUGCUGGAGGACCAGUUGGAGGACCAGAGGAAGCCGAGGCAGGAUGAGCCCCCACCCAGCCCUGGUCACCUCUACAUGGGCAGGUUCUCCAAGACCACCCCCUCAAAGUGCCCGCGGCUGCAUCGCUCUAGCUCUUCCACCACCCAGCCUCAGAACCAGACCACACAAUCGUCCAUCGUCUUAUCUCCCAUCACCACAUCCCCAGUGGGUCAGCCUCUCAAUGUGGCCGGCCUGCCUGUGGCCACACUGGCCCAACUCCCCACCGGCUCCCAGCUCUUCACCCACUACACCACUGGCAACACCUCUGCAGGAAAGAGAGGCAGCACCAGGUCCGUGGCUCUCCAUGCAGCCUCCAGGGUGACUGUGCUCAACACAACCACAGAGUCAUGGGUGGGGACCCCUCUACAGGUGCUUCAUCUAACCCAGAAGAGGGAGCAGGACUCUGGGGACAUGGAGAGCCAGAGGCCGGGGGAGGAGAGGAUAGUACUUGUGCAGCAGGGGGUACUACUAGACACUCCAGGGAUUCAGACACACUAGGUUGGGAACAGUGGGGGCUCAAUCAGAGAUGGAGGAAGAGAUGGAGGAGGAGGAGCAGGGGAGGGACAGGAGAGUGAAGGUACAGAAGGAAGGGUUGCAUAAUGUAGAGCAUGUCUUUGGCACGAAGAGGGCAUAUAACCAUGUGAGAGAAGAGAGAACCGUAAGGAAUACAGUUGAAAGAGAAUAGAGUGAGCGAGCGAGAGAGUGUGUGUGUGUGUGUGUGUGACUGUGUCUGUGUGGAAGAAAGCAAGAAGGUGAAUUUCGUCAUGUCAUGUGUAACUCCACACAGACAUUUCAGAUUUUAGGCUAUAUGUGUAACAUAAUUUUAACGUACAGUACUUUUUCACAUGGUGUUUAUUACUGCAGGGCCCAUAGUACUUUAAUUACCCAUGGUCUUCAUCAUCAAGGACAUUGAUAUACUUAAUGAUAGGGGAGAGUGGGCUAAGUUGAGCCAUUUCUCCGUCAAGGGAAAUAUUGUAUUCUUUCUAACAAAGAUGUCUACAUUUAUUUCAACAUGUUGUGUAUCACUGGAAAUAAUCAGAAUUAUGUAAAUAUUACAGUUUUGCGGGACAAGGUCUGUUAAGCCGUCUAUUUCUGUACUGAAUUAAAUAUUACCACUACUGUUUUAAAACCCUGUCUACCUUUAAUUUCCUAAACACAAAUCAACACAAUCACAAUCUCUUUUUUGUGUUGGAAUAAUUUAAAGCAUAUUUAUCACUGUCUUAAAACCUAACAAACUCUUUGUACUUUUUUAAAACAUCUUUUAACUUAGGCCCUGUUGUCACCUCAUAUCCCAGCGAUAAUGAGAAGAAAACACGUUCAACUUGCCAUUGGCUCAACUUCCCCCAUGGCCAUUGGCUCAACUUUCACCCCAUUGCAAACAUUUUGACUAUAUUACCCCACACAGGUACAAGGAGGCACUUUCAUGCUAGGUUUAGGACCUCAUAUUGAAGCUUAUAGAGACCC